AUGGCUGAGUUACAAAUUCUCAGGCUAUUUGGUAACCCUCUGGAAUACCUUCCUGAAAUUUUACCUCUACACAAACUACGACAUCUGUCUCUUGCUAAUAUCAGGAUUGAGGCUGAUGAAAGUUUGCGAUCAGUGAAUGUUCAGAUAGAGACAGAGAACAGUUCUUAUUUUGGUGCAUCUAGACACAAGCUCAGUGCCUUCUUCUCUCUCAUAUUCCGUUUUUCUUCUUGUCAUCAUCCUUUGCUGGCAUCUGCGCUGGCAAAGAUAAUGCAAGACCAAGGAAACCGUGUAGUUGUUGGGAAAGAUAUUAAUGCAGUACGGCAGCUUAUUAGUAUGAUGAGUAGUGACAACUGUCAUGUGGUUAAACAAGCAUGCUCUGCUCUAUCUGCUCUUGCUGGAGAUGUUUCUGUGGCAGUGCAGUUGAUGAAAUCUGACAUAUUGCAACCCAUUGAAACAGUACUGAAAUCGGUUGCUCAGGAGGAAGUAAUUUCUGUGCUGCAAGUUGUGGCUAUCUUGGCCUUUUCAUCUGAUACUGUAUCUCAGAAGCUGUUGACUAGGGAUAUGUUGAGAUCAUUAAAAAUGAAAUUUAGUACUGGAUUCAUCUUUCACCAGGUGCAAAGGUUAGCUUUAUUAGCAGUUGGAAAUUUGGCCUUCUGCUUGGAGAAUCGACGUCUUCUGGUCACCUCUGAAAGUCUGCAGGACCUUCUGUUGCACAUGACAGUUUCAUCUGAACCACGUGUGAAUAAAGCAGCAGCUCGUGCUUUGGCAAUUCUUGGAGAAAAUGAAAAUUUAAGGCGUGCUGUAAGAGGGCGACCAGUUGCAAAGCAAGGACUGCGUAUACUUUCAAUGGAUGGAGGUGGAAUGAAGGGUCUGGCAACUGUGCAGGUUCUUAAAGCAAUUGAGAAGGGAACUGGAAAGCGAAUACAUGAGUUGUUCGACCUAAUAUGUGGCACAUCAACUGGUGGAAUGCUGGCUGUUGCUCUUGGCAUUAAGCUAAUGACCUUGGAUAAAUGUGAAGAAAUAUACAAGAAUCUUGGUGUGUAUACUGCAGAUGUAUUUCAAGAUGUUUUAUUUGUUGCUCACUUUUUUCUCAUUCUGUUCUGCAAAUUCACUUCUCAAGGAAAACUUGUCUUUGCUGAACCUGUGCCAAAGGAUAAUGAAGCUGCAACUUGGAGAGAGAAGUUGGAUCAGCUUUACAAAAGUUCAUCACAGAGUUUUAGAGUUGUGGUGCAUGGAUCUAAACACAGUGCAGAUCAGUUUGAGAGACUGUUAAAAGAAAUGUGUGCUGAUGAGGAUGGAGACCUGUUAAUAGAUUCAGCAGUGAAAAACGUCCCCAAAGUUUUUGUUGUAUCAACUUUGGUUAGUGUGAUGCCAGCUCAACCUUUUGUGUUCCGCAAUUAUCAGUAUCCUGUUGGAACACCUGAAGUGCCCUUUGGAAUUUCAGAAAGUUCAGGAGUCCCUGUGCUCGGAUCACCUACUACUGGAGCCCAAGUUGGUUAUAAACGCAGUGCUUUUAUUGGCAGUUGUAAGCAUCAUAUCUGGCAAGCCAUAAGAGCGUCAUCUGCUGCUCCAUACUAUCUUGAUGAUUUCUCAGACGAUAUAAAUCGCUGGCAAGAUGGUGCUAUAGUAGCAAACAACCCUACCAUAUUUGCUAUAAGAGAAGCACAACUUCUAUGGCCUGACACCAGAAUUGACUGCCUGGUGUCAAUUGGGUGUGGCUCUGUUCCAACAAAGGUCCGGAAAGGUGGUUGGCGUUAUCUGGAUACUGGCCAAGUGUUGAUUGAGAGUGCAUGUUCUGUAGAUCGGGUGGAGGAAGCUUUAAGUACAUUGCUACCUAUGCUUCCUGAGAUACAAUAUUUUCGCUUUAAUCCAGUUGAUGAACGCUGUGGUAUGGAACUGGAUGAGACUGAUCCAGCUAUCUGGCUUAAGUUGGAAGCUGCAGUUGAUGAAUAUGUCCAGAGCAAUACUGAAGCCUUCAAGAAUGUCUGUGAGAGACUACUUUUGCCCUAUCAACAUGAUGAUAAAUUUUCAGAGAUUAUGAAAUCUCAGCAAUUUUCUAAGGCGAAGGUUUCAAAUGCAGAUGAGAGUAGCCCCUCUUUAGGUUGGAGGCGUAAUGUGCUACUUGUUGAAGCUUUGCAAAGUCCCGAUUCAGGAAGGGUUGUGCAUCAUGCUCGGGCACUUGAGUCAUUUUGUUCCCGCAAUGCCAUAAGACUCUCUCUCAUGCAUGCUGCAUCUGGAAUUGCAAGAACAAUGCCAAAAGGAACAUUCCCAUCCCCAUUUGCAUCACCUCUAAUUACUGGAAGCUUCCCCUCAAGCCCACUUCUAUUCAGUCCUGAUUUUGGCUCCCAGAGGAGUGGCCGUAUUGACAUGGUCCCGCCUUUAAGCUUGGAUGGAAAGACAGCUUUAUCACCGCCAAUGUCUCCUUCCAAACACAGACAGCUCUCUUUACCUGUUCGGUCAUUGCAUGAGAAGCUACAGAAUUCACCACAAGUGGGAAUUAUACAUUUGUCCCUUCAAAAUGAUUCAUCAGGCUCAAUAUUAAGCUGGCAAAAUGAUGUAUUUGUUGUUGCUGAACCUGGAGAUCUUGCUGAUAAGUUUCUGCAAAGUGUUAAAUUUAGCUUGUUGUCAAUGAACCGGAGCCGCCAUAGGAAGAAUACAUCACUUCUUGCCAAUAUUUCAACUGUUGCUGAUUUAGUUCAUUGUAAACCAUACUUCCAAGUUGGAAAUGUCGUUCAUCGUUAUGUAGGACGACAGACGCAAGUCAUGGAGGAUGACCAAGAAAUUGGAGCAUAUAUGUUUCGUAGAACAGUUCCUUAUAUGCACUUGACGCCUGAAGAUGUUCGUUGGAUGGUUGGAGCUUGGAGGGACAGGAUCAUAAUUUGCACAGGGACAUAUGGGCCAAUGCCAAGUUUAAUCAAGGCCUUUCUGGAUUCUGGUGCAAAAGCUGUAAUAUGCCCUUCGGCAGAGCCCUUAGAUCUGCCGGUGAAUUUAGUCCAUGGAUCAGGGGAGUUCAAUGUUCUAGAAAAUGGGAGGUUUGAGAUUGGAGAGGAAGAGGCAGAGGAAGAAGAGGCUGAGCCUACCAGUCCAGUGAGUGAUUGGGAAGAUAGUGAUCCUGAGAAGCAUGCAGAACAUUUUAUUGGUUUUUGGGAUGAUGAUGAAGAGGACCUAUCCCAGUUUAUCUGUAAGUUGUAUGAUUUGUUGUUUCGGGAAGGGGCAAGAGUAGAUGUUGCUCUCCAAAAUGCUCUUGCUUUACAUCGGAGGCUAAGGGCCACCACUUUCUUCAACCAGAAGCCUUAUUCAUCAGUUCAAUCAUACUAUACUAUGCAAUAUAAAGCCAGCAACAUUACCACCAAGUUCCCGGAGAAAAUGGCUGGAACGGCUCCGGUUGCAAUAGGCACACGGGGUACGGUAGGAUCACUUGUGAGGAAAGAAAUUGAGUAUUUCACCAAGUUUGAGAUAGAGCGAUGUGCGAGUUCAAGGAAACCUCAAGGGCAGGUGGCUGAAUUGGCUUCCAGUAAUGGUCAGUCAAGGCCUAGUUUCUGGUCCUUGACGAUGAGCUGGAGAAGGAAGAAGCGAAGAGGCAGCUUCGGAUUCCUUCCAAGUAUCUGUUCUGCUGUGGAAGUUGCUGACAGCAAUAGGCUCAGUGGGAUUCCUGGGUUCAGUUAUAGAAUCCUGAAGGACGAUUUGAAGGAUAUGCAGGUUUAG